ACGCUCCAUCGAAGCAGUUCACCCAGCUAACACUGCAAACCCUCUGCUGUCAGACCUCACGUUGCAUUCUGGGAUGUCUUCAGCCCCUUUACCUGCUUUUAGCUAAUUACUUUUUAGGCCAACGCUCAAACAAUAAUUGGUCUUGUGCUGCUUCCUCUCCUCCUUCUGCUGCACAGAGUGCUAGUUUGAGCACUUUUUUCCCUCUCUCUCUCUCUCCGUCGUCCUUAUUCCCCUGUUUUUUAUCGUCCUCCAAAAGCCAUCCAAUUAAUAUGCUAAUGAGCUGAUAAAUAUUUAUAGGGGUUUUAAAUUAUGCAGAGAGCUUUCAGAGCCCGGUGUGAAAUGCGUUGCUCGCAGGACUUCAAAGCCUUGCAUCACUAACGAGGCAGGAGUAGAUUUGCAUACGGCUUUAAUCAGCUGAAUACUGAUUAUGCUUCAUUAUAGAGUUGGAUGGAGGGAGGAAAAGGAGGAGGGGGGUUCGGUGUUGAAGGAGGCCGCCAGCUGCACUUGUCGUUUGUUUCAUUCCAGCAAGAGAGGGAGAGAGAAAGAGAGAAAGAAGUUUUUCAGAAGUAGAGGCAAUCUUGGCAGCAGAGAGAGGGAGUGCUAGAGAAAAAGGGGGCAGUGCUGUAAGAAAAGAAAAGAGGGGAGCAAGAAGAGCUGUUUGCCUAGACCCUGUUGGCUUUCCCAGUGUGCGUUUCCCAGUGUUGCUCAGCAGACCGUGUGGUAGAGACCGCCACUGUGUCCCUGUGUCUCUGUGUGCUCGCUGCUGACCAGUGGAGAGUGAAAACAAGAGAGAAGGGAGGCGGGGGGCGUGGGAGGAAGGAGUGCGUUCUGGACAUCCUGUCGGUGGGGUUGCCCAGUCGGGCGGGUUGUACUCGACAGGUCCAGCAAGCAUGCAGGAAAGCACAGGUGGAGCAAAAGCGGAUGCUAAAGUGAAUAAUCAGUCAGAAACUUCUAAAUGUGAAAUGGAAAGUGGUGACGAGAACACCGGAGUCCAAACCAAUGGACUGGACUUUCAGCGGCAGACGGUGCCAACCACAAUCUCUAACGCACAUGCACAAGCCCUCUUCCAACAGUCGAAGUCGGAAGACUCGGCCGCUCUUCCUGCCUCCGUCCAGCAGAGCGUGUUGCCUCAGACCCAGCUAAUGUUGGCAGGGGGACAGAUUGCUGGAUUGACCCUGAGCCCGGCGCAACAGCAGCUGCUGCUCCAGCAGGCCCAAGCUCAUCUCCUGGCUGCAGCCGUGCAGCAGCAGCAGCACUCCGCCAGCCAGCAGAGCAGCACCACUGGAGCCAACAUCUCGGCCACCGCAGCUGCGCCGAUCACCCAGCUGCCCCUGUCACAGCCCAUCCAGAUCGCCCCUCAGCUGCCGCAGAAUCUAACCCUGCCUCAGUUUGUCCUGGUUCAGUCUGGCCACCCGAUUGCAACGCCGUUGCAGCCCACUCAGUUUAUCAUCUCGCAGACGUCGCCGGCCCAGCAAGGCAUAUUGCCAGCCCAGAGUCUUCUAACUCAACUACCUCAAAGCCAAGCUAACCUCCAUCCGACUCAACCAAGCAUUACCCUUGCAACUCAGCCUGCAUCUCCAACUCGUACGACGGCAACCACCAACAUUCAGAGUCUGCCCCACAGUCAGACGCCCCCCAAGCGGAUGGACACCCCCACGAUGGAGGAGCCCAGUGAUCUUGAAGAGCUGGAGCAGUUUGCCAAAACGUUCAAGCAGCGGCGAAUCAAACUUGGCUUCACACAGGGGGACGUUGGCCUGGCUAUGGGGAAGCUGUAUGGAAACGACUUCAGCCAAACCACCAUUUCUCGCUUUGAGGCCUUGAAUCUGAGCUUUAAGAACAUGUGCAAACUCAAGCCUUUGCUGGAGAAGUGGCUUAAUGAUGCAGUUUGUGCAGAGAAUCUGUCAUCUGACCAGUCCUUGUCCAGCCCCAGCGCCCUGGGCUCCUCAGGCUUGGGCAUAGAGGGCAUCAACCGCAGGCGGAAGAAAAGGACCAGUAUCGAGACCAACAUUCGAGUGGCCUUAGAAAAGAGCUUUCUGGAGCAGAACCAAAAACCUACCUCUGACGAGAUCAGCAUUAUCGCUGACCAGCUCAACAUGGAGAAGGAGGUGAUCCGGGUCUGGUUCUGCAAUCGUCGACAGAAAGAGAAGCGGAUUAACCCGCCCAGCAGCGUCAAUAAUGGAGGAGGCAGCACAUCCAUCAAGACCAUCUUUACCCCCAGCAGCCCUUUGGUGGCAAGCACAGCAAGCCUUGUUAGCAGUCCAACUAUUAACACAUCCACCACCCUGACUGUAAACCCAGUGAUGCCUCUCACCAGCACCAGUGUCUCUAGUUUGGCUUUCACAGGCACAACAGUUGGAGGCACAAACACUGCAUCGGUCAUCUCCACCGCACCUGUUCUUACCACGUCAACCAGCGCUCCAUCGAUAAGUCCAUCCACGACCACUGUUCAGUCCACAUCCACAGACAGCAAAACCAGCAUUCAGGCGCUGGUCACGCAGGCUCCGACGUCCAUAGCGACGUCCUUAGCGACGGGCCAGGUGAUGGUGGCCGCUCCGGGCCUAACCACAGCGCAGCUGGGGGCUGCCCAGCUGCCCACUAGUGCCAGCUUUGCAGCCAUGGCUGCAGCUGCGGGGCUGACCCCGGGACUGAUGGCAUCAUCCCAGUUCACUCCAGGGGGCGCCCUUCUCAGCCUGACUCCUGGGGGGCUUGGCAGUGCACUGAGUCCUCUGAUGAAUAACAGCACUCUGGCUGCAAUUCAAGCACUGGCAUCGGGGGGUCACAUCCCCAUCACGUCUCUGGACGGCAGCAACCUGCUGUUUGCCAACGCCUCGGCCGCCAACACGCCCAACCUGGUGACCACGCCGCUCUUCCUCCCCCAGAACCUGUCGCUGCUCACCAGCAACCCCGUCAGCCUGGUGUCGGCGGGGGCGGGCGGGCUCCAGGUCACCGCCGACGCCCACCACCAGGUCACCACCGCUGCCGUGCCUGUGCAAGCCUCGACCAUUACCACUGCCUCCAAGGCUCAGUGAAGCCUCGCUCCCGACGCCUCGUUUCCUGCCGCGAGCACUACUUCCCGUCACUACGGGCGGGGGACACAGGCUUCACUACCCGCCCCCACACUUUUCACAUUAGAAGUAGAACAUUAUUUAAUGUAUUUGCUGCCACCAAAAAGAAAACGACAUCCAAUAUAAUUGGGCUUAGGUUUUGUUUUUUCUCUGUCUUUAUUUUUUGUUUUCAAUAGUUCUCAAUAUUUUCUUUCACAAACACUCUUGUUGGCCUGAAGAAAAACAAACAAACUCUGCACCCUCACACUAUUAUGUACAUAUUUCCUCCUAUUACGAGGUCAGAAUCACAACUGACACGUCUAACCAAAAAAACCAAAAUCUUGUCCCUUCUAACAUUUAAACUUGAGUCUUUUUCACUAAUUUCACAAUGUUUUGUCGUGACUAACAAGGGUUUGUGCAUCACUUGCUUUCUGUUUUUUAUUAAUAUUUUUGACAGGCCUCAAUUUAAAUCAUAUCAACGUUGUACUCUUUGCAUUUCCUUUCUAUGUAUUUUUUUUAGACUUUAAAAUCUAUAUAAUUCUAAUAAGUUAAUAUUCACCUAUCACUUUUCAAUCGUGGUUAUAAGGCUUUAAAAUACAAGUAAUAAGUGGCCGAUUUAAAGGUUAUCUUUGCUUUAAGGGUCGGAGGUGACUGGGUGGGUCUCUCUGCGUCUCUUCUCUGGAAACACUGAGUUUUACAAGUCGCUGUGGCGGUCAAAAGGCCUCCUAGCUUUUGUAAAAUGAGGGUCUAGUUGUGGAUUGUUGACACUGACAGAAAAUGGCUCGAAAUAUUUGUGUGGAAAGCUUUUAUAGAGAGCGAGCUGCAGCCACGUAUCCGGACGAGGUGGUUUGGGUUGCAAUGUGCUUUCUGCAGCUCUUCCAGAUCAGUUUCUGGCAGUGUGUUUUUUUUUUUUUUUGAGGAUGGGGCAUGUACUUGCAGUACUGGGUCCAUGGGAUUUUAUUGUGGGUUUGUGUUUUUUCUUUUUCUUUUUAAUAGUAGUACUGUCAUAUAUGAACUUGUGCACAGUAUCUGUACCAAAAAAAAAAAAAACUGGAUUGAUGAGCUGCAGUCUGCCUGAUUUUGGGAGGAAUGAAUACGUACUUUAAGAUAUACCAAAAAUAUUUGUUAAAAUAGUUGCUGUAUGUAGUCAGUGUAGCUUAGUCUAGUCGAUAUAUUUAUGAGUGCAGAAUCUCUCUUCAUUGUCAACAGAAUAUAGAAAUGCAAUAUUUUGAUGACCAUUUUCCAAAGAUAACAUUGUUGUUUUUUUUUGUUCUUUUUUUUUUAAUUGGCAGCACUACUCGCCAACAUGAGAGGGAUGCGAUGCUUGUGAGAAAUUGGUUUCUUUUUUACUUUUAUGAGACAUAUUUGUUAAUUUUUACCACCUGGGCCUUGCCCUCAAUUUUUGAACUGGUUUUUCAGAGCCGUUUUCAAGGCAUCCUUUUUUUUCUAAUCUGUUCUAGUAGCAUUUUCGACGUUUUUUCUGAACCAUAGUGGAAAGUAGGCAUGGGCCGGUAUGAUAGACUUGAGUAAAAAUACCAAGUUUUACGCAUUUCAGAAGAUCUAAUUUCUUUUUUUUAAACACCUUGUCAACCGGCUUGUAGGUUGGCCGACUGUCAUGUUAGAGUAGUUCCUCAGUAAGAGUGAAGGAUUUUUUUGAGGCUCGAAAUAUUUCCACACAGCUGAUAUAUAUAUUUUUUGUUUUGUAAGUGAGAGAAAAGUGUAGUUGCCUUCUUUUGGUCUGCUGCACAGCAUCGCUACUUCAAGUUGCAGAAAAAAAAACUCUGGUAUUACAUUAAACAGACUUUAACCAUAGGAACUGUUUGUAACAGGUAACCGGCCCAUGCCUAAUGGACUUUAUUUUUUGUUUGUUUGUUUCGUGCUAAUAUUCAGCCAUAAAACAACAGCUCGAACCAAAGCGGUUUUACUCAGUAGUUGCUGUGCCUGCCGGAGCACGCAAGUUGCUGUUCACAUGGUUUCUACGACUUUCCCCGCCCGUGCAAGCAGUUUUUUCCUCUUCUCCAAAUGCCAGAUUCUCCCCGAUUUGGUGCUGCUGGAACCAGAUCACAGAAACUUAGCUUUAACAACUUGCUGCAGAAGCUCCCGACGGGGAGCCAAGCUGUCGAGAGGCCUGCAUGCUUCCUUUAUAGCUUUACGACUACGCCCUGUGGGGUUUGGUAGUUUCAACCCUUCCACUGGGAGGGCUCACCUGUGUAAAUGCAUAAACCCAAUCGUCGGAGAACAUUCUUCAUGUUCGUCUCAGUGUCGCCUCUUUGACCCAUUGUGUCUGUGGGCUGGUUGUAAACCCACCAAGCUGUUUUACAAAGCAGCACAUUCAGUCACACCCCACAGAAAAGUAGCAUUGAUCUAUAUCCAAAUGAUGACUUUAGUUCCUGCAGUGUUUUUUUUUUUUUUUUCUGUGACUGUAAGUCGUGAAAUUUGUCCACACGAUCCUCCUCCUUGUUUUCUUUUUAAUAAUUGUGACUAAAUAUACCUCAGCAGAAACUUCAACAUAGGUUCACCGUUAAACAUUUCUGGGUGUAGAAUGUAUAAGUACUGUUUGGCUUUACCAUUCAGAGGUUAUACUGUUCAUAGGAACCACAACGUUAAAGGACAACCUACUACUACUACUACUACUACUGCUAUUUUCUAGUACUACUAUUUAAAGGGUGUUUCUGGGUUUUAGUGUUUUUUUUGUUGUUUUUUUUUUUUAGAUCUUUCUUGCCAAAGUAAAAGCCUUUUCUCUUCAAAGCUUUGUGGAUGUCUGUGCCCCCUCCACCCUGCAGGGGGCGCUCAGUUCCUGCCCCCCUCUUUAGUCAUUACGUUUCACCUGCACCAUGACGAACCAGCUGGCACCAUAGGAUGUUACUGAAAUAUUUAUCUGAGGAAAGACUUAACGAUUAGAGGAGCAACCUUUUCUUAAUUCUAUAUAAAUAUAUAUAUAAACACGUGUAAGAUAUUCAUAUUUUAUAUUUGAACUAGUAUGUUAUCAAGAUUGAAUGUAGUGUUUAUCAUGCUAACUCAAAAGAAUAAAUCUCCCUGCAAUCUUUUAAUGCUUUAUUCACUUUUUUUUUUUUUUUUACCUGACCAAAAAUAUGAGAGGAAGUUAGUGAGGAUGCCUCUGUUUUUGACCGGAGGAACUCGAGACGCUGAAGCAUCUGACCUUAUUGCUUUAUUUUAUAAUUGUUAUUAUUGCUAAUAUUUUAUUUUUGCGUUGUUGUGAAUUUGAUUUGCUGUGUUGUCUUUAACAAUCAUUUUUCUUUAACUUUUUGCCUUGUUUUUGUAUAGCGUGAGAGGAUAAGAUCACUGGCUUUUGUAGUUUGACAAGAGAGGAUUAACAUUAUCGUUUAUGCCUUACUGUUACGUAGAAGACAUGAGCAUUGUAGCGUUGUGUUGGGGUGUGUGUGUGUGAGGGCAAAUCUGGUGCAUUUUGUUGAAAUGGUAGCUAUCUGGGGCAUUUUGGAGAUUAGUGAUGUGUGUUUUGUUUUGGCCAGGUUGGGAAAUGCUUUACUUGUAAUUCCAGUGGCUUUUUUGUGUGUGAAAGUGUGUUUGGGUUGUCCGCAAACCUUUACGGUGCAUUUUUUCUCAUCUUCCAGCUGGUGUAAGGAGUGAUUUUCUUUUUUCUUUCAAAAAGUUUAUUAUAGAGGAGUGCUUACUUCUUUUUUAAAUUUUUUUUGACUGAGUUCGUCUACUGAUUAGGCCACAGGCUUCAAGCAGGCCGUUCGCCGAGCCUGCUUUGGGAAAAUCCUACCGUUUGUGGUUGAUUUGUUUGUUUUUUCUUUUUUUUAUUUGAUAUUCUUAUGAGCUGUUUUCUUGGCUUUUAGUGCUUCACUGUCAGUAGGUGAUCUUGAGACUUCAAGGCGAUCUCGUGGUUCAACCAGGCGACUAUAUUGAGCCCGAUUAUGUCAGUUUGCUGUGGAGGAAGAACAGGUGGACCACCAGUAAGGCAAAACAAACUGUUGUAUACCUCAUUUCUUAACUCGAAACUGAGUGAAACCUGCUUUAAUCUACUUAUAAGAUAAUAAAAAUGUUUUUAAAAGUAAAAAAAAAAUGUCGGUGGAGAAGCCUGCUCAUACCUGUACUGCCACAAGGUGGAGGCAGAUUACACACCAGUGCUUGUGAAUGUCUGCUGUUUUUUUCCUUCACGACUUGUGCACACACGUGUCUUUACAUUUGUCAGAACUGAAAAAUCUGCAAUCUUUUGUUGCCACUUUAGUUAAUUUCCUACCCUCGUCUUUGUGUUUAUACACUUCCUUUUAAGUUUGACAAUCCUGUUUUGUUUGUUUUUGGUUUUUUUGUCCAUAUUUCUGUUUGUCAUUUAUGACACGGUACAAGUAUGUGCAGGUUCCUCCUGUCGUGGCCCGCUCUCGGUUUCCUGUGGUACCAACGCUAACCAAAGACUUCUAACUUGAUUGUACGCGAGCAACGCCGUCGUCUCGCCCAUCCCCGCCUCACUGCUCAGCAUCUAAUCCAGGCUGCACUCCCUCCACGUCCCUCAUCCUCCAGAGUCCCAAAGCAUUUCGACUGUAAGGGGAUGGGGUUUUUUUUUGUGCUUUUCUCGUAGUGAAUGUGCGUCUUGUCGGUGCAGCGGUUUCAGUGCCUGUGGGCGGGGAUCAGAGGGGGCUGAGCGGGCCUCUGUGACGGGCACGAACCAAUGUGGUGAUAGCUGGGUGAUGUUUGUUAAUACACGCUGAGGGUGGAUCCUGUGCACGUUGUACCUGCUCAGGACUUUGUACGUCCUCCCUUGCUUUCUUCCAUUGCGUCUCUCUCUUUCUCAAGGACUUCUUCUUCCCCUCGCUCCCCCUUCAUGUCUCCAGAAACACACGUCCUUCCCUUCACCGUCGUCUCUUCUCUACAGACUCUGUGACACUAUGCAUCACGGUCCGUCCCCGCCCGGCUCAGACCCGACGGGGCUUCGGUGACACUUUUGUCUAAGGCUUUACUCCAGGCGAGGCCGCCCGGCUCUCACAAGCGCUAUCCCAAAGCAAAAAUCCAAAUAUUUAACUUUUUUGACAAACGCAGAUACCAAAGAUCUCUCUCUUUCUCUCUCUUUCUGUGUCGCCCUUCCCGCCCUGCAGCAUGUGUAUUAAGAGACAAAACCCAGCUCUGGCUUUUAGUCCUUAGCCUCAGUAAUUCCAAAGCUUAGAUGUAUAUUUUGGUAUAUUUCUGAGAAGAAAAAAAAAAAAAAAAAAACUUGUGUGAAAAGCGUCUGUUUGUUGUAACCUCUUUAUUUUUUUUUUUAUUUUCUGUCACAGCAUGGAACUAAUUGCAGAGCUGUCUUACUCUUAGUAGGUUAAAGAUAUGGUAUUUUUGUAUGUUUUUUUGGGUGUGUCAUGUGUGCGAUUAUCAGUUUUCCGGCCCAGGCAACCACAGCUUUCAAUAAAAAAUUGAAAAAUAAGAAGAAAAAAAAAAGAUGACAACCAUGUACAUAUUAUGUCAGUGUAUCUCGAGAAAUGCGUUCUGUAAAACAAUUCAUGUUGGAAGCUUGGGCUGAUCUAAAGGAAUGUGUUCCUGUUUUAUUUUCCUCCCUUUUCUUACUCUGCAGUCUAUCGAUUUACUUUCCAGGACUCGAAUGUAAGGAGUUUUGGUUUUCACCUGAAAUACAACACUGAGAGAGGGACACUGCUCUGAUAUUAUUACUAAAAAGAAUAAUAAAAAAAAAGAAAAAUAAGUAAAGGCCUCCAGUCCUGGAGGUUUAGAAAUGAAAGAUUGUGUAGGAGUUUUAAGUAUGUGAAUCAGGAUACAUAGUAGAUUUUGAUGCAUUUGUCUGCUGUAUUUUUGUUUUUUGUUUUUAUACACAUACAAAGAUAAUCUUUUACUGUAAAUGUACAGUUCCUUUUUUUGUUGUAAACAUCAUUAAAACUGUUUUCCAAGUG